UUCGAAUAGCAUCGACAGCGCUGGAAGCUAAGCUACUGCAAAUUGAACUAUCAUGAAACCAACCUGUCUUCUUCUAUCUAGCUUUCAGAGCGGAAAUAAUAAAUCAGUUCAGCUUCUUCUACCAAACCCGUCAAUAUAUGAGACUGGUAUUGCCGCCAUGAAAGGCGCUUGGGCCCAAGUGGUGGAUCAAGAUGCAAGAGACUCAUUUGAGCAAUUAUCAAGCGAUGGGGUUAUCCGAGAAAGCGUGCUGCAAAAUGCUAGCAACGGAAGUACCCUAACUUUUGCGCUUUUUAAUAAUUUGCAGGAUCCAAUUUGGAAAAAGCACAAUUUCAAAGCCAAGGAAUUUGUGCAGGCUGUCGGCCCGGCGCUGGAAAAUGUACACGAAAUAUUGGGAAAGAUACGUAACGAAAUGAUAACCACUGUUCCGGGAGAGAAGGCUGCGAUAGAGAGCACAUUAAAACAUUCAAUUGAGGAGAUUUUGGCAAAUCAGGUAUCCAUCGGACACGAGCCUGAGACACUUUUAGGGAAGAACGAACUCCAUGUUCAAGCGAAAGAGAAUCCAAAUUCGCUCGCAGCUUGGGCAACCAAGAUUUUGACUCCUGCCUGUCUGGAAGCGUUUUAUUAUACAAGCAAGUUCGAUUUGCUCAGUGCGCUCCCUAAAUCACAUAAAGUUUUCGAGGAGGGUUCUUGCAACAUUUCCGAAGUUGCAAUACUAAACGCAAGAGCUAUGGCUGUGACCGACAAAACGAGCUCUGAAUCCGCACCAGUGAUAAAGCAAAGAGGUGUUGCCGCACAGAUCGACGUUUUGUAUGAAGUUUCGCAUACGUUCAAUGAAACGAACAUGAUUUUGCACGACGAUCCGAACAAAGACGCAUCGGAAAGCUGCUCUGAUCCUGAGAAUAAGAGUUCACCAGAGUUGGCUUCUGAAGAAGAGUCAGUACCGGAGAGUUUGAUUCAUACAAAUUUGACAGUGGCAGUGUUUGAAGGUUGGUUGCAUGGUGGACCUGAUAACAUAUUGAAAUGGCGCAUUGCUGGUUUCCGUCAGCCUUUUGAGUUUCCCUUCUCGCCUCCUACAAUAAAUCGCAAGGCUAGAGUGUGACAUUUAUGU